CGGGGUCGGGGGUGGGGGGGAAGGAGGUGGAGACGGUGGCAAUGGCGGCCGGUGUCGGUGCUGCGGGGUUUGAGGGAAUUACUGGGGCCCGCUGAUCCCGAUCGGGUUGUGUGUAUCUGUGCCCGGGGGGGGGGGGGGGUGUCAGAAUGAGCAGCCGUUACCCGCCCCGGCCCCUGCUGAGGCCGGCGGACGGCCUGGACCGGGAGCGGGAGGAGCCGGACUCCGGGCCCGAACCCGCGGGCGGGGAUGAGGAAGGGGACGGGGAGGAGGCCCCCCUGGACCCUGCCGGCCCUUCCCCCCGAUCGAGAGCAGCUCCCCUCCGCCGGGAAGGGGCGGCCGGGCCCGGGCUUAGCCUCCGAAGGUCGGUACUGACCGUCUGCGUCCUCUGUUACAUCAACCUCCUCAAUUACAUGGACAGGUUCACCGUGGCAGGAGUGUUGCCUGACAUUGAGGAGUACUUCGAAAUUGGGGACAGCAGCUCAGGAUUACUACAGACAGUCUUCAUCUGCUCCUACAUGGUGCUGGCUCCCAUCUUUGGUUACCUGGGCGACCGCUACAACAGGAAGUGGAUCAUGAGUGGUGGGAUUCUCUUCUGGUCCGUGAUCACCUUACUGAGCUCCUUCAUCCCGAAAAAGUUUUUCUGGGCACUGCUCUUCACCCGUGGGCUGGUGGGGAUUGGAGAAGCCAGCUACUCCACCAUUGCCCCCACUGUCAUCGCUGACCUGUUCGUGGGUGACCUCCGCAGCCGUAUGCUCUCAAUAUUCUACUUCGCCAUCCCCGUGGGCAGCGGCCUCGGCUAUAUUGUCGGCUCUAAAGUCACGGACAUCGCUGACGAUUGGCACUGGGCCUUGAGGGUGACUCCAGCCCUGGGCCUCAUUGCUGUGAUGUUGCUUGUGUUCGUGGUGCCAGAGCCACCGAGAGGGGCAGUGGAGCGACGGUCAGAACAAGCUCUCGUGAACACCUCCUGGCUCACCGACAUCAAAGAACUGUCUAAAAAUUACAGCUUCGUGCUUUCCUCGCUGGGCUUCACAUCCGUUGCGUUUGUGACAGGCACUCUGGCUCUCUGGGCUCCCGCUUACCUUUUCCGUGCCCAGGUAGUGCAGGGCACCAUGAGGCCCUGCACCAAGGGGACGUGUAACUCCCUGGACAGGUAAGGCCCCUGUUAUAACAG